CACGCUAUCAACCCAAGAUAUUCCUUGUCGCGAAAUUCGAGAUUGAGUACCAAUUUGCGCCUCGUCUUGGUCCCCAUACUCCAUAAACAGCUUACAAAGCUGAUCGUCCAAGAUGUUACCUCUCGGACUCUUAAACGCCGCCCAAGGCCACCCUAUGCUUGUUGAGCUCAAGAACGGAGAGACUCUAAACGGCCAUCUAAUACAAUGCGACACAUGGAUGAACUUAACCUUGAAGGAGGUUAUCCAGACCAGCCCUGAGGGAGAUAAAUUCGUCCGUCUACCUGAAGUAUACAUCAAAGGAAACAACAUCAAAUAUCUUCGAGUGCCAGACGAGAUCAUCGACCUUGUUAAGGAUCAACAGCACGGUCAACAAGGCGGAUUCAGAGGUGGACGCGGUGGGCAUGGCCAACAACGAGGCGACCAUGGUGGCAGAGGUGGUGACAGAGGUGGUCGUGGCGGACGAGGCCAGGGAAGAGGUCGCGGUAGAGGUCGUGGUUCAUGAAGCGCAAGAAUGAAUACUACACGGAUGGCAUGCAGGCAAGGAAGACAAUACUAAAUGGCUCCGAAUGGCAGUACGAGGGCACAUAGGCGAGCUUCGAAAAAGCUGCUAUAGUUGGGGUGAGUGCUAGGAUACAGCCGCGCUAGACGAAGAUACCCAGCCCGCCGAGAAUGGUGUUGGCGCAAACGGUGUUAAACCGUGAUCACACUACAGAUUCAAUGUCCAACAGGAGAAGGAAGGAGUAGUAGCAAUUCCAGUACGCUCCAGAAUGAAGACUCAAGCUUCUCUAUUCAGUGUGUUUUUUCUGAAGUACCA